UGGUCAUCUAUGGAUGUUUGUCAAUGGGGGUCAGUUUCGCAGCUCAGACAUUGGAAGGAACAGUCCUGCAGGCCUCCAACAGUUUUGUCGGCUCUGUCACCGGACCUCUGACAGGAAUGUUUGUUCUUGGGGGCCUUCUUUCCAUGGGCCAACAGUUAUGUAAGUCAUUACGUGGAGUGGUCUCUGGAGCUAUCUGUGGUUUGGGAGUUUGUCUAUGGCUAUCGAUAGGCACAUAUGUGUCGGGGAUUCCCCUAGUGGAACUGCCACACCCUAACGGAACCUGUUUCCCUGACAACAACAUGACCGAGAUUACAGCAACUGUAGCGUCGAUAACGUUGGCGACAGCAACCUUAUCACUAUCUGGACUGAUGACAGCCGGUGCUAACACAACAAACGGACAUGGUGGAAGGUCUGGUCUGGACGUGUUCUACAGUAUAUCGUACCUGUGGUUCAGCGUUGCUGGCACUGUUAUUGUUGUUGCUGUUGGACUUCUCGUCAGUUUCAUUACAGGUCCCAACUCCAUCGACGACGUCCCUCUAAAAUAUCAGAUACCACUGUUUAGCAGGCUGUGUUGCUGCCUACCCAAGUCCGUGUUGUACAGACUUAACUGCUAUAGAUAUUUUGAUGACUCUGAGGUAA